UCUACCGUCCGUUGCACGCACGUCCGACAAUUUCAGCAUGUUCGUACAUGACUACGCUCUCAUCAGUACGACGGCUGCUGCGGUCAGAGCAUCCAUUUCUUGAGACCAUCAAACGGCCGUUCGAGGCCUCCGAUACUCGUACGAAUCUACGUUGGACUGCUCGGUCCCUACAUCCGUGUUAUAGGCAGAGCUACACGUGAUCGCGAAGCCAUUUAAGAGGUCUGUAUCGAAGCUCCCGUGGGCUCUUUUCCACACUGUUUGCUUUGACGAAGCCCUCCACAAUUCAUACUCAUUAAGUGUACCUAUUAACAACGAAAACAUCACAAUGGCUCCUCCUCGCUUGGCAUGGCUCGGCCUCGGCAACAUGGGCAGAGGCAUGGUCAAGAACUUGGUCGAGAAAGGCGAGUACACAGCACCACUUCUCGUCUACAACCGAACGAAAAGCAGAACCGAGAAGCUGGUAUCGCAACUCCCGGACGGCAAGGCCAAGGUCAUCUCGUCCAUCGGAGAAGCAGUGAAAGGCGCGGACAUCAUCCUCCUUUGCUUGUCCAACGACGCCGCUGUUGAAGAGACCAUCAAUGAAGCAUUGAAGGCUCCUGAGUCCAAGGGCAAGCUCUUUGUGGACUGCAGUACAGUUCAUCCGGACACAACUAAUAAGCUCGCCAAGACCAUCAAUGGAGCUGGAGCUGAGUUCGUGGCAUGUCCCGUGUUCGGCGCACCAGCAAUGGCUGAUAAUGGCCAACUGAUCUGUGUGCUCGCGGGCCCCGAGGCUCAAGUCGAUCGUGUCCGGCCAUAUUGCAAGGGCGUAUUGGGUCGAGCAGAAAUUGAUUAUACCGACCAGCCACAUGGAAAUGCCACGAAACUGAAAAUUGUUGGCAAUACCUUCAUACUAUCAAUGGUCGAAACACUAUCGGAAGGGCAUGUGUUGGCGGAAAAGUCAGGUCUGGGAGUCGACAAUCUGCACGCUUUCAUCGAAACCAUGUUUGGAGGAGGCCCAUAUGCUGCAUAUAGUAAUCGCAUGAAGAGUGGCGAUUACUUUGAUCGCGAUGAGCCACUAUUCCAGGCGCAUCUUGCCAGAAAAGACGCCGGUCACGCGAGAAGCUUAGCCCAAGCUUGUGGAGCGAAGAUGAAUGCUCUCGAGGUGGCCGAUGCGCAUCUCAAGCAGGUUGUUGAUCACGCUGGAGACAAGGGUGACAUUGCAGGAAUAUAUGGUGCUGUGAGAGCUGAGAGCGGGCUGAAGUUUGAGAACAAAUAGAUGUGGUAGUUGUUAUGCAUGGAUGCAAGCCUUCAUGCUCAAAAUAUCAACCAACCUCUCUUCGGGUACGCAUUAGAUUUUUCUCCUUGCUGUCAGUGUUCAGAAAUAAAUAAAUGUUGAAGCUGUAACGAGU